AGAAGCUUUGCCCUCAGAUGGCUUGCUCUUUGUGAUGCGGUUUUCCGUAGUAAGCCACUGUGUGUAAUUUUAUCCACACUGCACUCUCAUGCCUCACACAAGACUGAUACCUUGCCUCCCUUCUCCUUUGUAUCAAUUGGUCGGAGUUCAGGCUAUUGUUGCUGGAAGGUUCUUUUAUUUCUAUGUACUGUCGAUCAACGAAAUCUCACGAUAGCCUCCUUGUGAAAUUCGGUGCCUUUUUCGCAGAGGCAGUCUAUUUGGAGAGCAAAGAGGACUCAUGAUCACCACCCAGUCUAAUCCAAGCUCUUGUGACCGUGGUGGUCCUAAUCAAUGACUACUGGUUUACUAGAUCAUUGCAGAUAAAAAGAAGAGAUCGGGACAGAUAAAGCUGGCAAUGCGUCGUGGGCUGGAUCAGUGCGCUUCGCCACUAAGACAGCGGCAAGCAGGACUUCUUUAAUGGGACCCCAUGUAUCGUUUUUUUCUAUUCUAGCAAGAAGACUAAUAUUUUCGGCCAUGCCACAAUGGUUAUAAUUCUGAUUUUGUUGUUGCUGAGUUUCUUGGAUCCCAGUAAGCAGGAAUCUUUGUCCCCAAGGCUGGCCAGAACUCCGAGGACUCCUUGCGCCAAGGGCCGGUUGUGUGACCCAAGGCACCGUAGAGAUGCUGGGGGACGCGGCGGAGUAUAUGAGCACCUCGGGGGAGCACCAAGACGCAGAAAGCUCUACUGUGCCACGAAGUAUCAUCUGCAAAUACACCCCAACGGGAAAAUAGACGGCUCUCUCGAAGAGAACAACCCAUUUAGCAUAUUAGAGAUCACAGCCAUUGAUGUCGGAGUGGUGGCUAUAAAGGGUCUAUUUUCUGGUAGAUAUCUGGCCAUGAACAAAAAAGGACGCCUUUAUGCCUCGGAGGUGUAUAACCAAGACUGCGAGUUUGUGGAAAGAAUCCAUGAGUUGGGCUACAACACCUAUGCAUCUCGACACUACCGGACUGCACCACAGCUUUCAGAGGGCAAGCGCAGGGCCAGCGCAGAGAGACUCUGGUACGUGUCUAUCAAUGGGAAAGGGAGACCCAGAAGAGGCUUCAAAACCCGGAGAACGGAGAAGGCGUCGCUUUUUCUUCCUCGAGUGCUGGCAAACAAGGACCAUGAACUGGUGCGGUUAUUCCACUCGAAUGUCAGAUACAGGGAGAGUCUUCUGAGGCCAGACAGUCAGAACGAGCGAAGACGCCGCCGGCACAGAGUCCCCGUUUUUCAAGUCGCCGAAUCUCUAGAUUGAAGCUGCACUCCCGUAGCAGGAUGUUGUAGGUAAAAUACAUCGCACAGACUUUCUAGAAGGUGCAUAAGAUUGUGGUUUAGAACAAAAACAACCUGAAGUACAGCAUAAAAACCAUAUACCUUCCAUUGGGAAGCACUGGUUGAAAUCAUAUAGACUAAUGAUGAAGGUGUUUCACAUGAAUGGAAGGAAAAAAAAAUCAUUUCAACACUUUGGAUGUACAUUGUAUAGAUAAGUUAAAGUGACCAAAAUCAACACUGCUGGACAUUUUUCCUACUUUUCAUCACAUUAAAACCAGUUAUUUACAGAUUUUAUCUGUACUAUAUUUGCAAAAAAUGUCAAAUAACUAAUGUAUAUAACUGUACAGUAGUAUUCUAUAUUCUUGUUUCAGUUAAGAUCAGGUUCAUUUGUAUAAAUAGUCCUUUUUAGAGUCUUACAUAGACUUUUUUGCAUCUGAAAAACUGCAGUAACUCAUAUAAAGUUAAAUAAAGUCAUCAAAAAGAUGGGGCAUAGUAAAGCACUUUUUUCUGAUUUCUGAACAAAAUUAGGAACAACAGCGAUCAGAAAGUAACAUAUAUUACUCCUAAGAUGUGAUAGUCUACUGUCUUAAAACUGCAGAAAGGUGACCUGCUAUAUUACUAAUGUUAUUCAUAUUUAUUUAGUUAAAUUACUCCUUAAAUUAUUGAUGGAAGAUCCUUAUUCCACUUAACAUUGUUCUUGAACUUCACACUGCUUUCAAAGAGACCAAGUCCUUCAAUUUCACAAGGUGACCUCACAAAUUUAAACUGUUAAAGGUACUUGUUUUUCCACCACUAACUGAAGUAUGCCAAGGGAUCCUAUGAGCAUGUAAAGUACAUAUUUGACAUGCUGUGCCAACCUCUUCAUGAUGAUUCAAAUUCUCAGCACAUUCUUAAAUGCCUUCCAGAUUUUGAGAACACUUUAAAUUACCUGAUCAACUUUCCCCAAAGAUAGAUAUUGGGAUGAGAUUAGAAAAUUAAAAACGAUUUUUUUUAAUGCUUUUAAAAAACUGUGUAAAAAGGUUAAGUUAUUUCGUAAA